CAGCCCACAGCAAAGAGAACUCACAUCAGUUGUCGCAAAAAUCCAGCAAGCAACAAGUGUUUCUUAAUCAGUCCAUUGCAAUUUUAAUUUGGGCCUCAGUUUCGUCAUUGUUUAAAAGUUUUUGAAAUGGCCCGUUACUUCAAGGAGCAGGACAUCGAUGAGUUCCGCGAGUGUUUCUACCUGUUCGCCCGCAGCGGACACAUCACCACCCUGGACGAGCUGACCGUCAUAAUGCGCUCGCUGGGCCUAUCGCCGACGAUGCAGGAGUUGACGUCGUAUCUGAAAAAGAAAAAUGGCCGCAUGAGCUUUGCCGAUUUUCUGGAGGUGAUCCACCAGCACUCGCGGGUGGAAAACCUUCCGGAGGAAGUGAUCGAGGCGUUCAAGGCCGGUGACAAGAGCGGUCGCGGUACGAUUCCGGCCCGGCAGCUGCGUCAUUUGCUGCAGAACUGGGGCGAAGGGCUGUCCUUCCGUGAGGUUGACAAUAUCUUUCGAGAAGCGAAUGUAUCUAGCAAUGGACAUGUCCGCUAUGCUGAUUUCGUACGGGUUGCUUGUGCUCCAGUACCGGAUUAUUAUUAGGUUUCUCUUCGAGUGCCUUCAUAUCUAUAACGCACAUUCCUUUUUGUCCGUACUAUAUUUUGUAACAAUAUUAAUUUAUAUUUAACUUUUAACAAGAGCAAUCGGGUUGCAGACUAUUUGGGCGACGGCAAAACGAAAAGAUAUUUUAGUUACUAGAUAAAGAUUGUCGCUGUCGUCGCUGUCCGGAACAUCUUUUGCUGGCGAGGAUAGGGGAGCUAGAUGUCAAAGAAGGAAAAUCCAUACGAUUUGACUACACUGACAAAAAUCCAAUCAUAUCCAUUAUGUGUGGCACACAUAAAUUUUGACUAUGGCAUUUCCCACAUAACGGCUAUGUGAAUUCGCAUAGCAUAUAUGUGGAAACACACAUAACCGUUAUUAACUAAUAACCUUUAUGUGGAUUCUCCUAUAGCGGGUGGUUAUUAACGCACACAUAAAAUUUAUUUGGAAAUUUCUUUAGAUUUUUGCCAAUAAAAAUGUGUGGAUUUUUAUUAGUGUAGAGAUGUCGUAAAAUCCCGAUUAAUCGAUUAGUUACUAAUCGAUUACUCUUGAUGCUUGUCGAUUAUUGAAUCGAUUAAUCAUUGUAUAGUAAUCGAUUCAAAAUUAAUCGAUUAUCACAACGAUGAAUCGAUUAAUCGAAAUAAUCAAUUAAUUUUCGACAUCCUUAUGAUGUCGUAAAAUUCUGAUUAAUCGAUUAGUAACUAAUCGAUUACUCACGAUUCCUCUCGAUUAUUGAAUCGAUUAAUCGUUGGGUAAUAAUCGAUUCAAAAUUAAUCGAUUAUCACAACGAUGAAUCGAUUAAUCGAAGUAAUCGAUUAAUUUGCGACAUCUCUAGAUUUGACAGGUAUGUACCACACAUGUUUCGGACAGCAGAACAAAGGGAACCGAAGCGACAAUCUUUAUCUAGUAACUAAAAUAUCUUUUGCAAAACGUCCUUAUUUAUUUCUUCUAAUUCUUUUACACGAAUUUUAUGAACGACAGCUUGCGUUUUAUUUCAACGAAAUAUGUUUAGUGUGCAUAGUUCGUUCGCUUUAUUCCUCGUAUGCAUUUAUUGUUUGUCACUUCAGUAUUUCAGUUUAUAAAGUAGUUGCAGUAUUUGUUUGUUUUAGCUUAGCAAUAAAUUGCAUCUCGCAUUAAAAAAAGUGUUUGAAUGACCGAAGAGUUUA